CAACAUCGAUAUCGAAGGACCCAAGUGUCCGGAGUUGUUUGUGAUCUCAAGUUAUCUCAUCCGCCACCCAUAGCCACGGUUCCGUUGGGCACAGGGAAUAAUCUACCGUUUGCAUUUGGUUGGGGGAAGAAGAACCCAGGGACGGAUGAACAGGCGGUCAAGUCAGUUCUAGAUCAAGCAAUGAAAGCUAAGGAAAUGAAAAUAGACAACUGGCACAUUCUUAUGCGGAUGAGAGCUCCAAAACAUGGUCCAUGUGAUCCAAUUCCUCCUCUUGAGUUACCACAUUCUUUGCAUGCCUUCCAUCAUAUAUCUGAGGCAGAUGAACUUAAUGUGGGGCUGUUGUUGUUUCUUAUUGCUCCUCAGGAAGGUUGCCAUACUUUUCGUGGGGGAUUUUGGAAUUACUUCAGCAUGGGAAUGGAUGCUCAAGUCUCAUAUGCAUUUCAUUCUGAACGUAAAAUGAAUCCUGAAAAAUUCAAAAAUCAGUUGGUCAAUCUGAGUACUUAUGCUAAGCUUGGAUGCACACAAGGAUGGUUUUUUGCUCCUCUGUUCCUUCCUCCUUCCAGCAACAUAGCACAUCUUGCAAAGUAAAAGUCAUGAAAACACAUGGUUGUUGGGAAGACCUGCAUAUUCCUUCCAGGUAUAUCAUUUUAUAUACUCAUAUAUGACCUUUUCUUUUGUUAUAUUGGAAGUAUAAACAGUUGAGUAGGCAAGAGGAAAAAGAGUGCAGUGGUGGAUUGAACCUCUGAUGUCAACAGCAUGCAAGUCUUAAAACUUGGGCCAAUGUCCAUUGAGCUACAGGCUCAUUAGCAUAUAUCUACAAAAGUGAAUGUCUAAAAAAAUUCAGGUUAGGGGGUAAACUCCUGGAUUUUCAAACUACCAAAGAUCCAAAGCCACACUUAACUAUGCUUGAUAGCUUUCCAAUUUUAUUGUUAUAUCAUGUCUAUUCACGUUUUUCAGAACUUUUGCUUUUAUUGAUGUUUCUCUUGUUUAGUUGAUGAUUACUGUCUCGUCACAUCGGCACCUUAUUGAGUAUGGAUAUUUUUGGGAUUAAAAAGCCAUUUAAUCAACUUCCAUUAUGUCCAUCUUCUGUUCUUUCUGCUCCAGUUUACUUCUGGAAUAAAGAUCUGAUGUUUUAUUAACACUCUUUUCAUUUUAUAUACACCAUCAGGUCAAUUGUAUGCCUUAACUUGCCUAGCUUUUCUGGUGGAUUGAAUCCAUGGGGUACACCAAACAGGAUGAAGCGGCGUGAUAGAGAUUUGACACCUCCAUAUGUAGAUGAUGGCCUUAUAGAGGUGGUUGGUUUUAGAGAUGCCUGACAUGGCCUUGUUUUGCUUGCUCCAAAUGGAAAUGGAACUCGCCUUGCUCAGGCACACAGAAUCCGCUUUGAGUUUCACAAAGGUGCAGCAGAGUAUACGUUCAUGAGGAUUGAUGGGGAACCUUGGAACCAACCCCUCCCAGUUGACAAUGAUACAGUUUUGGUGGAAAUUUCUCUCCAUGGCCAGGUUAACAUGCUCGCCACUCAUGAUUCCAAGUCCAAAAGUGUGAAUGAUCCAUCAUCACCACACCAUAAUGAUGUUGAGGAAGAUGAUAGUGAUGACGAAGAAGCUAAAGCAGAUGAAUUCCGGAAGUUUGGCACGGCAGAUACAUUUAAAAUCCCAGACGAGGUGGACCAUGCUCAUCUUAGUUAGGUCUUUCAUUGUGAAAGCCAUUCUUCUUCAGAGUUAUGCACUUGACAACAUUGUCUGCCUAGCUGUUAAUAGGAUUUUUAUAAAUAUUUGUUCGUUGCCUUUUAAUUGUAUCACCUAUUUGAUCUAUUCUAGCAGCGUUAUGUCUGUAAACAUGUGAAUAGUAAUUAAGAAUUGAGAUGCAAUAAUUCAUUUGAUAUAAACGUUUGUGCAGAUACUACCUGUUUAGAAUUGAGAUGCAACAACUGCUUUGUUGUAAACUUUUGUCCAGUUGAAAAUAGAAAUACAUACCUAUUUUUAAUAUAUAU